CUUUAGGGCCAGAGUCUUUCUGUGUCAUCCAGACUGAAGUGCAGCACUAUGAUCAUAACUCAUUGCAGCCUCCACCUCCUGGCACCUCCUGGCUCAAGCAAUCCUCCCACCCCAGCCUCCUGAGUAGCUGGGACUAUAGGAAUGCACCACCAUGCCCGGAUUUAUUAUUAUUAUUAAUUUUUGUAAAGACGGGGGUCUCACUUUUUUGCUCAGGCUGGUCUGAAACUCCUGGCCUCAAGUCAUCCUCCUGCCUUGGCCUCCCAAAGUGCUGCAAUUAAAAGUGUGAGCCACCACACCUGGCUUGAAUUUUGUUUUAUGUGCUUUUUUUCUUUAGUGAAAACACAAGCUCCUAAUAAUCCUAUCAUGCUAAAUUACUUAUUCUAUGUGUCCAUGAUACAUUUUCAAAAUUUUAAUACACUAGUUACACGUGAACUAGUACAGCCACUGUGGAGAAGAGUAUGGAGUUUCCUCAUAAAGUUAUGAAUAGAGCACAGAGGUGAACUGAAAACUAUGAAUUGACCCAGUGUUCCCAUUACUGGGCAUUUAUCCGAAGGAAAGGAAAUCCUGCGCUCCUGUGAAUCCCUAGGUUCUUGCAAGUCCCUGAUUUCCUGUGAGUCCCUGCGUUCCCAUGAAUCCCUUUGUUCCCAUAAAUUCCUUUGUUUUUGUGAGCCCCUGUGUUCCCGUGAAUCCUUGCGCUCACGUGAACCGCCUGUGUUCCCGUGAGCCUCUGCGUUCCCGUGAAUCCCUGCAUUCCCGUGAGGACCUGCGUUCUCGGGAGCCUCUGCGUUCUCGUGAGCCCCUGCACUGCCGUGAAUCUGAGUUCCCCUGAGUCCCUGAGUUCCCGUGAGUCCCUGAGUUCCCCUGAGUCCCUGAGUUCCCGGAGUCCUUGCAUUCCCGUCAGUCCCUGAGUUCUCCUGAAUCCCUGAGUUCCUGUGAUUCCGAGUUUCUGAUUCCCUGUGUUCCUCUGAGUCCCUGUAUCCUCGAGUAUUCCUGUAUCCUUGUGAAGCCCCCGAGUUUUUGUGGAUACUUGCCUAGUACAUGGCAAGUGCGCAGACGAAAACCACUAUUGCUCUGUUGUAUGAUGAAGAGUCCGAAAAUGCCUAUGACAUCCGGCUGAAGCUGACGAAAGAGGUGCUGACAAUUCAGAAACAGGACAUUGUCUGUGUGGGCGGAAGCCACCAGGGCAGGAAUCGCAGAACUGUUACACUCCGCAGACAGCCAGUUGGCGGCUUGGGCCUGAGUAUAAAGGGAGGUUCUGAGCACAACGUCCCUGUCGUCAUAUCAAAAAUAUUCAAAGACCAAGCAGCUGACCAGACAGGGAUGUUGUUCGUAGGAGAUGCUGUUCUCCAGGUUAAUGGCAUACAUGUAGAAAAUGCAACUCAUGAAGAAGUGGUGCAUCUUCUGAGAAAUGCUGGCGAUGAAGUUACCAUCACUGUUGAGUAUCUCAGGGAAGCGCCGGCAUUUCUGAAGCUCCCGUUAGGGUCCCCAGGGCCAUCCAGCGACCACAGCAGUGGGGCCUCGUCUCCCCUCUUUGACAGCGGUUUGCAUCUGAACGGAAACUCCAGUACCACAGCCCCAUCGUCACCUUCCUCGCCCAUAGCUAAGGACCCGAGGUAUGAGAAGUGCUGGCUGGACACCUUGUCCGUGCCUCUGUCCAUGGCUCGCAUCUCAAGGUACAAAGCCGGAACGGAAAAAUUAAGGUGGAACGCGUUCGAGGUGCUCGCCCUGGACGGAGUCAGCUCUGGGAUCCUCCGGUUUUACACAGCCCAGGAUGGCACCGACUGGCUGCGGGCCGUCUCAGCCAACAUCAGGGAGCUGACACUUCAGAACAUGAAGAUGGCGAACAAAUGCUGCUCUUCUUCCGACCAGGUUGUGCAUAUGGGGUGGGUAAAUGAGAAACUCCAAGGAGCUGACUCCUCUCAAACCUUCAGACCCAAGUUCCUAGCACUGAAGGGCCCGUCCUUCUACGUUUUCAGCACUCCUCCGGUGAGCACAUUCAACUGGGUGCAAGCAGAAAGGACCUAUCACCUCUGUGAGGUGCUGUUUAGAGUUCACAAGUUCUGGCUCACAGAGGACUGCUGGUUGCAAGCAAACUUGUAUCUGGGUCUUCAAGAUUUUGACUUUGAGGACCAGAGGCCCUAUUGCUUCAGCGUCGUGGCCGGCCAUGGGAAAAGCCAUGUUUUCAAUGUGGAGCUUGGCAGCGAGCUGGCCGUGUGGGAGAAGUCCUUCCAAAGAGCCACGUUCAUGGAAGUUCAGAGAACCGGGUCCAGAACAUACAUGUGCAGCUGGCAAGGAGAGAUGCUGUGUUUCACGGUGGAUUUCGCGUUGGGAUUUACCUGUUUUGAGAGUAAGACCAAGAAUGUGCUCUGGAGAUUUAAAUUUUCCCAGCUUAAGGGAUCUUCAGAUGAUGGGAAAACUCGAGUAAAGCUGCUGUUUCAGAAUCUGGACACCAAACAGAUUGAGACGAAGGAACUCGAGUUCCAGGACCUGACGGCUGUCCUGCACUGCAUCCACUCCUUCAUAGCAGCCAAGGUGGCCUCCGUGGACCCCGGCUUCAUGGACAGUCAGAGUCUUGCCAGAAAAUACAUGUACAGCAGCUAAAGGUUGUUUCUGUUGAGUGCUGAAAAAUUAAAUUAUUUUCGUAAGAAAUGAUUCUUUCCUGUACAAUAUUGCAACUUUGUGUUGUUUUAUAAUGAGCCUAUAGUUGUGAUACCAAUAAAACAUAUCACUAGUUUCCAAAGACGGGUCCUCCUUGUUAAAUCUGACAUGGGGGAUGCCUGGUCCCCUCUUCCCAUGAGUCUCCCCCCAACAAGGAGCCCCAGCGUCCCCCACACAAGUCUGUGGCUCAGACUCCAGUCCACCUGACACAGUUCACGCCCCUAGCCCGCAUCCCAGCAGCAUGAGAACCAUGUGGGCAUUGCACACGCCACUUCCCACGUUGGCAAAACCCAGAUUUAUUUUCAUAAAAUAUGUCAUCGAAAAUUCGGAGCGAGUGCCACGUUUCUCCUCAGGAAGGAAAGGGUCUCCUUUGCAGUGGGCUGUCAUUUCCUUUUUCCUCCAGUGGGGAUCAGAGUGACAGGCUUAUUUGAGGAACAGGGAUUGGUCAAAAUAUGUAGGGCAAAGAAAUCAACUUUAAUUACUUAAUCUUAAUAUUAUAAUCUUAAUACAUAUCAAUCUUCAUGCUUAUAAAUUUAUCAUACAUUGAAUAACAUAUAAAUAUGAAUUUUAAUUAUUUUCCUAAUUCAUCAUAUAUUAGCAUGCAGUUUAGUUUCCUUGCUUCUCAUAUUGUUUAUGACUUCUGAGUAGGGAUACUUUACAUUUUUGUUAUUAAUGGCAAUUGACUGGAGUUGCUUGAAUUUUUUUUUUAGAGAUACAGACUCUAGGUAGAAAAAUAAGGAUUAGGCACUUUCUUGACAAACCUUCAAAUAAAGGAUGAACAUAAAACCAUCAAUCUAUAAGUAUAGGAAAGUAAGAAACAGAUGCCUUCUCCUGCAGUUCUAUUGAAAAGAAAAUGUGGGCCAGGCCUGGUGGCUCAUUCAUGUAAUCCUAGCACUUUGGGAAGUUGAAGUGGGUGGAUCACUUGAGGUCAGGGGUUCAAGAGCAGCCUGGCCAACAUGGCAAAACCCUGUCUGUACUAAGAAUACAAAAAUUAACUGGGCAUGGUGGCGGACACCUGUAAUCCCAGCUACUCAGGAGGCUGAAGCAGAAGAAUUGCUUGUACCUGGAGGGUGGAGAUUGCACUGAGCCGAGAUUGCACCACUGUACUCCAGCCUGGGCAACAGAGCAAGACUCUGUCUC